UUUGUUUGUUAUGGUUUGAAGAUUGAAACAGUCUGAAACCUGAAACCCCCAACCACUCCACGUCAACCAACACUCACACAAUCCAGAUGCGCCCACUGGUUUCACUAUUUUUGACUUGUCCUUCUCACCCUGUCUCAUGAGCCACCCACACCAAUAUAUACCUCUUUCCCAUCCUCCUCUGUUUCUCACCCAUCUUUCUCAAUCUUUCUUUCAAACUUUCUGUCUUAUUUUCUGACCAAACACUCAUAUCCCACACCGCUUCUAAACUUCCAGACAUUAAUUGAUCACCCAGUAAUUAAGGCUCAGCCCUUCUUUUGCAAAUCCAGUUUUCUCGCUUUUUCUUACAAACCUGUACCAGUUUUCUUCCAAGAGAAAAAUACAGAGCAGCAGCAAUGGAGAUUCAAGGAAACCAACGCGAUUCAUUUUCCGAGUCAGAAAGCAUCGGAAGUAGUACACGAGUCGGCUACAGUGGCCCUUUAAGCGGCCCAUUAAUCUCCAACAAGAGAAAUAGCAGCAAGAAAAGUGCAAGAUUCAAAGACGAAGAAUGCUUUGUAGAAAUCACGCUGGACGUACGCGACGACACCGUUUCGGUUCAGAACAUCAGGGGAGGGGACUCGGAGACUCAAUAUUUGGCAAGCCAGCUCGAGAAAAGGCCUUCUUCGCUUGGCUCCCAGCUCUCGUUUAAACUCCGGCAAGUGUCGCAGGAGCUGAAGCGGAUGACUUCCUCGAAGACGUUUAACAAAGUGGAUAGGUCAAAGUCCGGGGCCGCUCGUGCCCUACAAGGCCUCAAGUUUAUGUCCAAGAAUGUCGGAAGUGAAGGUUGGUCGGAGUUUGAAGCUCGCUUUAACGAAAUGGCCGUCAACGGGAUGCUUCCCAAAUCGCGGUUUGCCCAAUGUAUAGGGAUGAACGAGUCGAGUGAGUUCGCUGGAGAACUAUUUGAUGCAUUGGCUCGUCGGAGAGGAAUAACAUCAUCUUCCAUAACCAAGGCCGAGUUGCGAGAAUUCUGGGAUCAGAUUACCGAUCAAAGCUUCGAUGCGAGGCUACAAACCUUCUUUGACAUGGUGGACAAAAACGCGGAUGGUAGAAUUACCGAAGUAGAGGUGGAAGAGAUUAUUGCCUCAAGUGCUUCUGCAAAUAAGUUGUCAAAACUCCAAGAACGUGCCCAAGAAUAUGCUGCAAUGAUCAUGGAAGAACUGGAUCCAAACGGCCUCGGAUACAUUGAGUUGUACAACUUGGAAAUGCUACUCCUGCAAGCACCAAGCCAGUCAACCAACGUGGGGAGCGACAGCCGUGUUCUGAGCCAGUUACUAAGCCAAAAGCUAGUCCCAACAAAAGAGUACAACCCCGUAAAGCGCUGCUGCCGGGGGCUCGGCUACUUCGUGCAGGACAAUUGGAAGCGGAUUUGGGUGGUGGCCCUAUGGCUUUCGAUCUGCGCAGGGCUUUUCACUUGGAAAUUCAUUCAGUAUAAGCACAGGGCCGUGUUUGAUGUCAUGGGCUAUUGUGUCACUACUGCCAAGGGCGCAGCCGAGACCCUUAAGUUCAACAUGGCAAUAAUUCUUCUGCCAGUCUGCAGAAACACCAUAACUUGGCUCAGAAGCAAGACCAAGUUAGGCAUCGCGGUACCCUUUGAUGAUAAUAUCAACUUCCAUAAGGUAAUUGCUUGGGGAAUUGCAAUUGGUGUCGGGCUACAUGCUGGUGCACAUCUUACGUGCGACUUCCCUAGGCUGUUACAUGCGACGGACGGUGAAUAUGAGCCAAUGAAGCACUAUUUUGGCGAGAAACGACCCGAUGACUACUGGUGGUUCGUGAAAGGAAAUGAAGGUUGGACUGGUGUGGUCAUGGUGGUGCUCAUGGCUAUAGCAUACACAUUAGCCCAACCUUGGUUCCGUCGGAGCAGGCUAAACCUCCCAAAAACUCUAAAGAAGCUUACAGGGUUCAACGCCUUUUGGUACUCCCACCACUUAUUCGUUGUUGUCUAUGUCCUGUUUAUAGUUCAUGGAUACUACCUCUACCUCUCCAAGAAAUGGUACAAGAAGACGACAUGGAUGUAUCUGGCCGUGCCUAUUUUACUAUACGCAUCUGAACGGUUACUUCGUGCAUUAAGGUCUGGCUAUAAAACUGUGCGGAUAUUAAAGGUUGCAGUGUACCCCGGAAAUGUGUUGGCCCUGCAUAUGUCUAAACCUCAAGGUUUUAGAUACACCAGCGGGCAGUAUAUUUUUGUGAACUGCUCAGCCGUCUCUCCCUUUCAAUGGCAUCCCUUUUCGAUUACUUCAGCUCCAGGGGACGAUUAUCUGAGCGUCCAUAUACGCACCGUGGGUGACUGGACAUCGCAGCUCAAAGCUAUUUUCUCCAAGGUAUGCCAGCCUCCUUCUAUUGACCAAAGUGGCCUUCUAAGAGCUGACAUGGCACAAGGCAAUAACAUACCAAGGAUGCCAAGACUCUUAAUCGACGGACCCUACGGAGCACCGGCACAAGACUACAAAAAGUACGAUGUACUCCUCCUCGUUGGCCUUGGCAUCGGCGCGACGCCUUUAAUUAGUAUCGUUAAAGAUGUGCUUAAUAAUAUUAAGCAACAACAGGAAUUGGAAAAAGGGAUAGUAGAGAGUGGUUCAAAGAGAAAACAUUUUGCUACAAAACGAGCAUACUUUUAUUGGGUGACGAGGGAACAAGGCUCGUUUGAAUGGUUUAGAGGUGUGAUGGAUGAGGUGGCGGAGAAUGACGGAGACAGGGUGAUCGAACUUCACAACUAUUGCACAAGUGUUUAUGAAGAAGGAGAUGCUCGAUCGGCUUUAAUCACCAUGCUUCAAUCGCUACAACAUGCUAAAAAUGGUGUGGAUAUUGUCUCGGGCACCAGGGUUAAAACACAUUUUGCUAGACCAAAUUGGCGUAACGUUUACAAGCAUGUGGCCCUAAAGCACGCUAAUGAACGAGUUGGGGUAUUUUACUGUGGUGCACAUGGACUGGUUGGGGAGCUAAGAAGGCUAGCUCAAGACUUUUCCCGGAAAACCACCACCAAGUUUGAUUUCCACAAGGAAAACUUCUAAUUUUGCUUUAUGUUUUUUGAUUUUUGAUUUUUUUUUCUUCCCAAAGUGUAUUAUAGAUAGAGAAAUGUGACAUAUUUAUAACCGUUUACUUUUAAGUGCUUACUUCCUUUUGUGACAGCGAAAAUCACCAUUAAAUUUUGGACGAAUUAAUCGCCCUUACUUAUCAACGGUGAUUUUUACUGUCAUAUAAGAAAAUAAAUACUUGAGAAUGAGCAUUUAGAAGUACAGGUAGCAUAGCAUUUCUCUCAUAGAUUAUGUACCCUUCUUUUCUAUACAUGUAAUAUAAUGUUUGAUUGUAAGUUGUAAUUUACAUAUAAAUCUAUAAUUAAUUAAUUCACUAAACAAAAGAGGGGAUUAAUCCCUUAAA